AUGGAAGGAGGAGGCUCCUAUCAGACUUCAUCAGAUCCUCCAGAGCUACGAACCCCUAGGCCUGGCUUAGUCCGUCUCCCUAUAUCAGCAAGCUACACAUUCUGUCAGGGUGACCUUACUGCUCCGGAACUUCCAAGCUUUGGCUGCCUCAGACAAGCUAGAAACACAAGCGAACAGAGAUUCCAGGCUCCUGUUGUUUUCCCGCCAGCGAGUGAAACAGAAGUCCGGCCAGUUGUCUAUCCUAUAGCUGCUAGCUCCAAAGCCAGGGUUCAGGAGCAAGACCUAUCUGUGGUUCCUAAGCUUGAGCCCAAAUAUCCCCCUACUCCAGCCAGGCCAGCAGAAGCAAAGGACUUCAGCCCAUCCUUUGGCUGUCCUUCCACUUUGACAAUCCAGAAGAACCGUCUGCCAGAUCUCUCCCAUUCUCAAGCACCUAUAUUUCCACAGUGGCCUUUGCAUGGGACAAGAUCGAGGUACGCAACAGCACCACGAAGAGCUCAUCUCCAACCCCUGCCUGCUGCCCCGGCUACACAAAAGCCCGUCAAGAGGAGGUAUAGGGAGGUGUCGAGAGAGCGGCCAGCCAUCCUUACCAAGCUCAUGGACCAUUUCAGUGUGAGAGACUGGUCGAGGCCAGAAACUUAUCCAGGAGCGAUAAAUGACAAGGAUCGGAGCUGUAGCAGAACUACUAUCGAGUGUUCUGCACCCAGUUCCCCUCAGCAAACCCACAGUGAAGCGAAUAUUUAUUAUCCUAAGCUGAAGGAUAGUGAAUCAAGCUGUGUCCCACCUAAAUCCGCACCUCUCGUUCAGCCAGACGCUUAUAGUAUGCAAAAGCUAUAUCAAGCGCUGCCAGUUCCAACAGAACGAGAAAGUCAACUAGGUCUGCGAAAGGUAUCAUCGGCUCCCGAUUUCUUGGUGCCGGAGAUGAAUACUAAUGAGAUAUCUGGGUGCCUGAACCGCGAUGUCCGUCGCCAGCCAAAUACCAACGGCAUUGUCUUGGAUGGGCCGCUACCUACAGCCACCCAACGGGGCCCUCAUUCAACAUGUGGAAGUCCCGAGCAUGUUCAGGCGCCCGUUAUUCCUAGUAUCCAUGGGACAUGUGGAGGGAUAGUGGCGCCAGUGUUGCCAGCAAUGAUGCCAACUGAGCCUGCAGCAAAUCACUCUCAUGAUGGUGAUGUGAUCAAUGCCCGUUUCGAACAGAUCUCGAUGGUACAAGCAGCCAACACCGAUGCCAUCUUGAGAAGCCUUCAAAGCCUAACGAACGAAAUCAGGGCACUGCAAGUGGAGACAAGAGCAAAUACAAACCAUCUCCACCAGCUCAACGGUAGAGUUGCUGCCCUCGAAGCGAGGUUAGGUGGCCAAUUACAGUACUAUGGGGGCUUGCCUUUGGCAGGUUAUCAAGGACCUGCCAAUAUGCUGCGAAGUAACUCGAGCGGCAGCCAACUCCCAGCCAAGCACCUACACCAUCGCGGCAGCAAACCCCAUAGCAGCGGACCUGUUCGCAAUGUCCAGCAUAGUGGUCCAAAUAGGCGACGUGCUCCCAGUCAACAACAGCACGCCGGAUAUUCGCCACAUCUAGAUAUGGCGCCGAACCCGCUACAUUCUCCUACCGAACCACAGACAGCUAUAUUACCCUCUCAGGAGUCCCAGAUGGUGCCGCGAAAUCGACAAUCCUGUCGACAACGUAUUUCUUCGCGGCGAGAUACAAGCUUCAACAAUGGCGAAUGGGGCGGAACUUCAAACUGGUACCGAAAGGCCUAUGCGGACGGGAAGGGAAAUUGA